AUGGACGAAAUGUUUGAUGUGUUUGAGGGCAACGCCGACCCUUCAAGCGCAAGCGAAGAUGAAAGAGUGCCGGCCAAGAAUCGUAAAGACAAAACCAAGAAAAGAAAGGCGGACGAGGCGAUGAAUGGCAAAACUGCUGCCGACGGCCAGACGGAGAACACCACAGAAGACACCGAAAUGGGCGAUACGGGCGAAGUUGCCUCAAAGGAUGGAGAUGCGGAGCAAGACGACGACUCAGACACGCCAAGCCAGCAGGACAAGAAGCGUCGCAAAAAGGGAGAUGCUGCCGUACCCGUCAUGGCGGACAACUUUGAGACGGCGCAAUCGAGAGAGGUCGCAGGCGCGGCGACAUUUGUCCCGCAAGACUCGUCACUCAUCCUGUCGCACAACAUCCAGCAUCAGGUCGCACUGCCGCCCGAUCUGGACUAUGAAUACGUUCCGCUCUCUGAGCACAAGUCGCCCGCCGAGCCCGCGCGAACGUACCCCUUCAAGCUCGAUCCCUUCCAGAGCCUGUCGGUCGCAUCUAUUGAGCGCGACGAGAGCGUACUCGUUUCGGCGCACACCUCUGCGGGCAAAACUGUCGUCGCCGAGUACGCCAUCGCCCAGUGCCUCAAGCGAAAUCAGCGAGUCAUAUACACCAGUCCCAUCAAGGCCCUGAGCAACCAAAAAUACAGAGAUUUCGAAGCCCUCUUUGGUGAUGUUGGUCUGAUGACUGGCGAUGUGACAAUCAACCCGACUGCCAGCUGUCUGGUCAUGACGACGGAGAUUUUGCGAUCCAUGUUGUAUCGCGGCUCAGAGAUUAUGCGAGAAGUCGCGUGGGUCGUCUUUGAUGAGAUUCAUUAUAUGCGUGACAAGACGAGAGGUGUCGUUUGGGAGGAGACGAUUAUCAUGCUUCCUGACAAGGUCCGAUAUGUCUUUCUGUCUGCCACCAUCCCCAACGCCUUUCAGUUUGCAGAAUGGAUAGCCAAGAUUCACCAUCAAGCCUGCCACGUUGUGUACACCGAUUUCCGGCCUACGCCGCUGCAAAACUACUUUUACCCUGCCGGCGGCUCUGGCGCGCGCAUCGUCGUCGACGAGAAGGGCAACUUCAACGAGGACAACUUCAACAUAGUAAUGAAGGAGGUUGAGGACAAGAAAGGUGCCGACUCCAACGAUAUCAACGCCAAAACAACGGGCAAAGGAAAGAACAAAAAGACACACAAAGGCGGUGCCGAUGAAGGCUCCGACAUGAGCAAGAUUAUUCGCAUGACGAUUCGAAAGAGCUUCAACCCCGUCAUCGUUUUCAACUUUAGCAAGCGAGAAUGCGAAAACAUGGCCAUUAGUAUAUCGAAGCUGAGCCUCAACGACGACUCUGAAAAGGCAAUGGUCAACAAGGUGUUUCAAAGUGCUAUUGAGAGUUUAUCAGAGCAAGAUCGCGACCUGCCUCAAAUCAAGAACCUGCUGCCCCUACUUGUGCGGGGUAUCGGCGUCCAUCACUCUGGUUUGUUGCCUAUCUUGAAGGAGACGAUCGAGAUCCUCUUCCAGGAGUCCCUCAUCAAGGUGCUCUUUGCUACGGAGACUUUCUCUAUCGGCUUGAACAUGCCUGCCAAGACUGUCGUCUUUACUCAGGUUACCAAGUGGGAUGGUGUCCAGCGCCGCCCGCUCACCUCGUCCGAAUACGUGCAGAUGGCUGGUCGUGCCGGUCGUCGUGGUCUUGACGCGCGAGGUAUCGUCAUUAUGAUGAUUGACGACAAGCUGGAGCCCGACACUGCCAAGCAAAUUGUGACUGGUCAACAGGACAGACUAAAUUCGGCCUUUUACCUUGGCUAUAACAUGAUCCUCAAUUUGCUGAGAAUUGAAGCCAUUUCGCCUGAGUUCAUGCUCGAGAGAUGUUUCCAUCAGUUCCAGAACGCCGCGAGCGUGCCCACUCUCGAGAGGGAACUCAUGGCGAUUCAGCAGGAGCGCGAUGGUGCCACCAUUCCUGAUGAAGCCACUAUCAAGGACUACUAUCAGAUUCGCCAGCAGCUCAACGCUUACACCAAAGAUAUGCGAUCAGUCAUCCAGCUGCCCAACUACAGCCUCGACUUUUUGCAGCCCGGCCGUCUGGUGCAGAUUUACAACCCCAAAGAGUCGACUGAUAAUGUGGCGGGUGGCCUGGACUUUGGCUGGGGUGUGAUAGUGAAUUCCUACCCGCGACGCGCUCCCAAGCUUGGCGAGCCCGAACACAUCCCCCAGGAGUCGUACAUCAUUGAUGUCUUGCUCACGAUAUCCGCUUCCAGCGCCGAUAUUAUCCCUGGACAGAUAGCGGCUGAGAUGCCUACCGGUCUGGUUCCUGCUAAUGGCGAUCAGAACACCAUCAACGCUGUUGUGCCCUGCUUGUUGACUUGCAUCAAGGCAAUCAGCCAGAUCCGCCUCUUCAUGCCCAAGGAGGGUCUUAAAACCGAUAAGGACCGCGACACGGUGAACAAGUCGCUUGCUGAAGUGAAACGUCGCUUCCCCGACGGACUGCCUAUCCUAGACCCGCUGGAGAACAUGGACAUUGUAGAUGAGUCGUUCAAGAAACUGCUCCGCAAGAUUGAGGUACUCGAAUCGCGUCUGCUGGCCAAUCCUCUGCACCUGUCGCCCCUGCUGCCGUCGCUCUGGGAUCAGUACCAUGCCAAGACGGUCCUGUCGGAGAAGAUCAAGUCCAAGAAGAAGGCGAUUGCCAAGGCUCACAGCAUUGCGCAAAUGGACGAGCUCAAGUCGCGUAAGCGUGUACUGCGCCGUCUGGGCUUCAUCAACGACGCCGAAGUUGUGCAGCUCAAGGCUCGCGUCGCCUGCGAGAUUUCGUCCACCGAAGGCCACGAGCUGGUGCUCUCCGAGCUGCUCUUUGACCGCUUCUUCAACGAGCUGUCCCCUGAGACGUGCGCGUCGAUUCUGAGCUGCUUCAUCUUUGACGAAAAGGUCGAGGCGACCGCGCUGAAGGAGGACCUGCAGAAGCCGUACCGCGAGGUGCAGGCCAAGGCUCGCAUCGUGGCAAAAGUCAGUCAGGAGUGUAAGCUGGACGUCAACGAGGAGGAGUACGUGGCGAGCCUCAAGUGGCAGCUGAUGGAGACGGUGUUUGCGUGGGCCCAGGGCCGGCCGUUUUCCGAGAUUUGCAAGAUGACAAACGUCUACGAAGGGUCCUUGAUUCGCCUCUUUCGCCGUCUGGAAGAGCUGCUUCGCCAGAUGGCCCAGGCUGCCAAAGUCAUGGGCAACGAUGACCUCACCAAAAAGUUUGACGAGAGUCUGCAAAAGAUUAGAAGAGAUAUUGUGGCUGCGCAGAGUCUGUACCUGUAG